CUCCGCGUCCCGCAGGGGCUGCCCUGGGAAGUUGUGGGGCGAGGCGCGCCGGGUAUGCGCCAUCACCAUGUCCCGCCUGGACUCGUGGCUCGGUGAGGUCCAGUGGCUGGUCUUGGUGUCGCUCUUCGUUGUGGCCUUGGGCACGGUGGGCCUGUACUUGGCGCAGUGGGCGCUGGCCAGGGCGCGAUCUCGGCCCCCGCGGCGGGCGGCGGAGCCGGGCGAGGACCAGCGCCCCGAGUCGGACGUGCUGCUCUGCUGGAUUCUGACGCUGAACAGCUGGAGGAGCCAGUGGCAGGCCGCUUGGGUGGCCGCCCUGAAUCAGGAGGCCAGACGGAAAGGGGGCCCGCUGUCCCUGUCCUUCGAGGAGGACCUGCAGCAGCAGCCUCUGGAGCUGGCGGUGCAGCAAGUCUGGAGCGCGGCCAGGUCUGCCCAAGAGAAGGUGGUGUCUUGUCACGUGGUGGGCAGGACCCUCCAGUUCCUGGUCAGCACGGGGCCAGCCUCGUCCGAGGACCCGGGGCGCCCGCAGUACAGUGUGCAGCUCGCCCCCCUUCAUUUGCAGCUGGAGCUGCACAUGAAAGAGAAGAGAGAGGACAUUCAGAUCCGGUGGUCAUUCAUCAGUGUGCCAGAAAUGACCAUUACGAUCCAGCCGAGAGCGCCGGGGGAGCAGGACCAGGCGACUGAGGUGAAUGUAAUAUGUGAAACUCUCAAGGAUAUUUUGAAGUACCUGGUUAGCUCCGCCUCCCCAUCGGUGGUUCUGAGCACCAAACCUGUGGAUGUGAGGGAAGUUCAGAACCUUCAGCGCGCUCCACCUGCCUCUCAGGAACCCUGCCCUCCCAAACCUCCAAGGGCUCACGAUCUCAAAUUACUGGUGAAGAACAUCCGAGCCUCGCUGCUUAACCAUCCUGGUGCUUCAGGCAACGGUAACCUCCGCUGUGUAGCUCAGCUGAACGAUCCUGUUCAGAAGUUCUCCAGCGCUCUUCCGAAGAACACUACUGACCUCGCUUGGGAAGAAGAAUUCACCUUUGAACUGAAUGCCAAGUCGAAGGAGUUGCACCUGCAGAUUUCAGAGGAUGGGCCGUCCUCAGAAGCUCUGCUGGCAACGACGACUGUCCCUUUAGAUUUGUUUAAGAAGCAGCCCUCUGGGCCCCAGAGCUUUACCCUGACCAGUGGACCCUCGGUGGGCAGUUCGGUGCUGGGCUCGGUCACCGCAGAGUUCUGUUACGUGGAACCCACCGAAGCGAAACCCUGGCAGACCCCUCCGCCCGUGCCCGCUGCCAAGAUAGAAAAAGACCGCACGGUGAUGCCCUGCGGGACUGUUGUCACUACUGUCACGGCCGUGAAAACCAAGCCUCGCUUCGACACGGGGAGGGCGUCACCGCUGAGCUCUGAGUCUCCCUUGCGGACGCCUGUCAAGGUGAGGGUGAUCGAGAAGGACAUCUCCAUCCAAGCCAUCCCCUGCCACGGCGCGCCUGUCAGCAAGACCUUGUCGUCUUCAGACACAGAACUGUUGGUGCUGAACGGCUCGGACCCGGUGGCCGAAGUGGCCAUCCGACAGCUGCGCGAGUCCUCGAAGCUGAAGCUGAAUUCGCCGCGGAAGAAGAGCACCAUCAUCAUAUCAGGGAUCUCCAAGACCUCUCUAUCUCAGGACAAUGACGCCGCCAUGAUGCUGGACUAUGCGGCCUCCAUGGACAGCACCCACGAGGGGAACACCUCAUCCCAGCCGGAAUUGGCGUCGGCCUCUGCCCCGCCCGAGGAGGAGGCCUCUGCCCUGGCCCCGCCGGCCCUGGAGCCCCAGAGUCGUGAGCUGGCCUCCUGGGACUUGGAGAAGGAGUCACAGUCCGAGGCAUGGGACAACCAAGCUGCACUGGACCCCGAAGGGGACGAGCUGUCGGAGAGCUCCCUGAGCGCCUGGGAGCCAGGUGCUCCCAAAAAGCAUAAAGGAGGCAUUUUAAGGAAAAGUGCGAAGCUGUUCUUCCGCCGGCGGCAUCCACAGAAGGACCCCAGCCUGAGCCAGUCCCACAAUGACCUGAUGUUCCUACAGCAGCCGGAGGGGACCCGGCGGAAGGGGGCCACACUCACCAGGAUCCUCAACAAGAAGCUGCUGUCCAAGCACCGAAGCAAGAUCACCAUGAACGGUGCUGCCGGGGACCCUGCUGUGUAGGCUGAGGGGGGCAGCCCCCUCCACAGCGACACUGGAGACGUGGACCCGCUGGUGACCCGCCAGGGCAGAGCGGGAGAGCCAGCGAGCUGUCAGACGCCCAUCUGGUCUAGCCGCGGUUUUCCUGACCGUGUCAUCUUUUAAAGGGGAAGAAAAUCGGAGUCUCCAGCUGGGAGUUUCCCCCAGAGGGAACGGACUAAACCUGCUUAACACCAGACGGCAAAGCAGACCUGAGGUGGCCUCCACCAAAUCUAAGCUCUCAGAUUGGAGCAUGUGGGCUGUGCUCAAAUAGAAGAGUUGACAUUCAAUGUUAGAAGGAGAUUUACCUUACGAACUGAAGAACAUACUACAGUGGGCGUGCAUGGGGCAGGUUUGGGGCCUCAGUUUCACCCACUCUGUGCUCUCACGGGUAUUAUUUUGGGUCCACGUCUGGACCACGUCAUCAGGAGGAGACCACCCCCUGUGCUGUCACUGUGAACGAAAUGCAUAGGUCACCUCUUCUGUGCGGCUGCUCCGGAUAAAACGGCGCAGGCGGCCCUGAGUACAGGGAGGUGGGACACAGGCCGACUGUGGUAAACAGAAAUUACGAUGGGAAUGGAAACACUAUGACAAACGUAGGAAGACAUUUGCCUUUGCGAUUAGCCAUAGAACUUGAAAAAGUAUGCAAAUUCUAAAUAUAUCCUAUGCAUAUUAUGCUGAACACUUUUCUAAGUUUACUUUGAGCCUAUUUGCAAGUGGGAACUACGUAUAUAAAUUCUUACACGGUUUUUACAUUUUCUCUGUAGCGCCCAAAGCUCUAGCAGUACCAGUGGGGCAGCCAACCCAAGGACUUUUCCCCAUCGGGCUCACGCAAGACAGGAAUGCAGCGCCUCUCCAGCGCACUUGGGGGCAAUAGCGACAGCUCAGAGAGCCUGGUGCCCACACGUACCUGCCUGGAUUCUCUUUAGUCCCAGGUUGGUUUGCCAAAUAUUGCCAGUCGCUGAAACCAAGUACUUUGAGGGCAAAAAAGGAAACUAUUUUAUGUCUCAGGAAUGGAAGGUGAAUAAAAAAACGGCCCACGCUGGCAUCCAAUUCCUUUCAGGAGCUCGUCUGAAAUCUGCUUAGAACAGGGCUUGCCACGCUUCGGUGGGGCCGUGUUUUGAUUUCCAGUGGGAAAAAUGAGAAGCUUGAAGCGCGACUUUGGUAUCCCCUACGCGUCUUUCAAAGCGCUUUCCGCGUCAGGCGCCACUGUGUCGUCACGACUGUCCCGUCGGCCCCGCGUGGACCUGCCGCUCUGGGGAGACGCGCUGGCUCAGCAGCGUUCGUCCUUAGGGUGAGCAGCUUUGGCGGUUUAUGGAGAUUCAUUUUCCUCCAACAAGGGUGAAGAGGCUGUUAGGAAAACCUGACUUUAGUCACGGCUGUGACGUUGGGGACGCUCCUUCGGGCGCUUUUGUUUUAAUCCUUAAACAUGUAUUUCAGGGGUAGGGAAGCCAUUGAGGAGCAAAAACUUUUAUAAGAAACAAAAUUCUAGGCUUUUUCCCUUUUUUUACUGGGAGAAAUUAGAAGACUAUGUUAAGAAUUUCACCUUAAAAUGCACAUUUAAAAAUUCUUAGGUGUCCCAGGAAUUACCAAGUGACUAUAAAAUGAUUUUUUUGCCAUACUUUCUUUUUAUAGAUUAUAUCCCAAUUUUAAUUGUUGUAAAAUAGUACCUGGUGUUACAAAAAAAUUAAUACCAAGUGAGUCCCCACAGGUGAGUAAUCACUAUAGGCCUUUUUGGGACGAUGGUCACUUUAAUGUUUCGUUUUACUUGAAGGAUUCCUGUUCCUCCUCGUGGUGGGCAGACCUGUAACAUGCAAGAAUUAAUAGGGGACAUUAUGUGCCAGAAAGUAAGACACUGGUCAGACGAUUUUCGUACACUUUUAUGUUUGUUUAAUCUUGAAACUCAAAUGGACUCAAUUUAUUCCAGUGUGAUUUUAUCAGAGUUAAAUUGACUUAUUCUCACUCCCCCUUGCCUCCCCCCCCCCCCCAAAAAAAAACAUACAAAACAAAAACUGUUUAGUCAUUGCCACUCCAGGAUUGACCCCAGGAACAUCCUCUUUGCUGUUUGAUGCCUUCGUCAAGGGCUCUGCUUUCUCAACUUCCCUGCGACUCGAAACCGCUCUAGGAUCCUGGGAGGGUGCUCGGCGGGCUUCGCCCCUCCCUGGUGUGUGACGCAAGCAGGUUACCGCGGACGUGGAGAGCGUUGUCUUGGAGAUCCACGUUUCUUUGUGUCUGUGGGGUACGCGUGAGACCCCUGUCCAGUUGAGCACGACCCAGGAGCCCGCCCUUCAGUGACACAGACUUUGUCUCCAUAAUGGCCUUUGCGGAAGUCAGGGAGGACCCGAAACAGGACGGGGGACGGCGGGAGGGAAGGAUACCAGGGUAGCGCGGGAGACAAUGGGCUGUAUCGAUACUGUGAAUGUUUCUUUUCCAAGCUGUGUAUCCAGGUGUGUUUUUUUAAUGGUGUAGGAUAUUUAUGUUAAGGUCAAUGUCUUUAAGGUGAACUAUCAAAUACAAUUAUACACCAGAUACAAAACACGCUGAUUUGUAAACGACCGAUUCCCUGUCCUUUUCUACAUGCGUUAGUAGCUGGAGGGCUUUUGUAGUCUUGAUGACAUUUUUUCAGAAUGGUAUUUUAAAAGCGAUUCCUCAUGCACACUAAUCUCACGUGUGUCUGCCCGCCGGGAACCAGCAGCGGGCGAGGGCUUCCCUGAGCUGGCGACGCAUCUGUGCUCUCUGCUUCGGAAGGCCGUGCCUAUGGUCUCUGUGGAGGAAGGAAAGGGAGCUUUAAGGGUGGGCGUGCUUUCAGGUAGCAUUAACAAAAGUAUCCGUCUUGUUGCUCUGUUCAAAACCAGCUCCUUAGAAUACUUUAUUUAAGUCAAGUCUCAAGUUGAAGUUCAAAACCGACCCUUGAUUCCUGGUGAUGGCUACCUGGCCAGUCGCUGCCAGCCAAUCACAAAUUAGAAGAUCAUCUAGAUUUUCAACUGGUUCUUCUAGCCACAGCUGUAGAAGAAAGUGGCAAAUUAUCUUCAUGAGCAGAGGGAAAGUUUCUUUGGCACUGCUAUCACCAAAUGCGGGUGUUUUCUGAGCAGAUAAUCUCGCGGCCCGUGGAAAUACGGAAUGCGUGCUUGGUGGACGUUGGUGGUGAGCCCACGUAUCUCUCCCAGGUAGGAAGCAGGCCUGGGCUUUGGCACAGACCCCGUUCCCAGCCCACUGCCGCCAACUGCCAAGGCGCAACUACCAAAGCAAGCGGCACAGGAACCAUGCACCCCUAAGUCCUGCACAGCAAACUCAGGUUACCUCUGGUUCCUUUUCUUCAGCGCUCCUACUUCACGCGUGAAGAGGCAGUCGCCUGCCCAGUUCACCCAGCCUCCCACUGAUCAACAGUGUACCAUUUAUAAUUUAGGUGUGUACUUUUUUUUUGCCCAAUGUCACACUAAAGCUACAGUUUUUUUAAAAAAAAGAAGAAGAAAAUAAAAGGUUUUCUAGGCAUGUGGAAAGGUUUGGCUUGUGAUUAUCUAGUGUGUUGAUGAAUUUACAUGACAACGAUUGUAUCCCUUUUUGGCACUUUAAAAACCAAUUCCAGUCCGGCACCAGCCCCGUGCGGUGGUUGCAUUUGGAGAUGAUGUGGCCGGAACAUGAACAGUCUUUAAAGAAAUAAACGUACA